GAUCACUAGUCAUCUAUUUUAAUUUCAUCUCCUUUUUUUCUCUCUCUAUUUUAGUUUUCUGUAGAAGCUCAGUUUUAGGUACUUAAAAGUUAGUGGACUACUUUUUUUUGCAGGUGGAAAUGGGUUUCAACUCAUCAACCCCUGAGAUGAACUUGAAGCUUCUAAUCAACACAGAGGACAAUAAAGUCAAAGCAACCCCUGAGAUGAACUUGAAGCUUCUAAUCAACACAGAGGACAAUAAAGUUGUCUUCGCUGAAGCUGAAAAAGAUUUCAUAGAUUUCCUGUUCAACCUCCUAACUUUGCCUAUUGGCACCAUUGUGGGUUUCCUCCCAGAAGCUUGUCUAGGAGGCCUACAUAAGAGUGUGAAAAAACUGGAGGGAGCUUACUUGCAGCCUAACCAGAGCUCGGACUCGCCCUUGAAGUUGAACACACCAGCAUAUGCUAUUCUUCCUUUCUUUAAUCCUUCUUCAUCAGGGAGUAAUGAUCAUUUCUGUCAUUGCUCUUCAUCAAGGAGUUGUGGUCAUGUGCAGGGCUUGGUUACCUACAUGGUGACUGAUGACUUGUUGAUUACACCCAUGUCCCUGACAGCAACCAUGGCUUUGUUUAAGAAGUGCAACAUAGAGGAAGUUAAUGUUCUUGAGGAGAAGGUGGUUAAAAUUGGUUUUGAUGAGGCUUUGCAGUUGUUGAAGUGUUCUCUGCAGUCCAACGCAGCUCUCACUGGAGUCUUCCUUGAGAAAGAAGAAACACAACAGUCCAAAGCAGCUCCCGCAGUUGCCGCAGUUGCCGAAGUUGCCGCACGUCCCGCAGUUGCCGAAGUUGCCGCACGUCCCGCACCUCCGGCAGUUACCAUUAAGAGUCGCAGCUCCCGCUGAAGUAUUACAAAUACAAAAGGACUAUGAAUAUGAUUGUUUGAGCAGGAGACCGACGUAGUAUUAAACUCCGUUUUCGAAUUUGCAAAAAUAAAAAAAUUCAAUGUCUCUAAAUAAUGUUUAUUUUUACUUGCCUUUAUAUAAUGUAAACUCUAUUUGUCCCCAAUUUUAUAGAACUAGAAUAAGAAGAAUAAUAAUUAACCUGCUA